UGACGGAGCAACCAACAUUUGUUGAGAAUGAGUCGUGGCGUGCGGACGUGCCUUACGUGAACGUUGGCUGGUCGAAUGGCAAACAAAAAACAACAAAAACAAAAGUAGUUUAGACAAGAAAAAAAUUUGAAGAUACGAGUAUUGUGAAGUGUGUUUGUAGAAGCAGCAGGCGACUUCAAAACGGAAAAUGAAAUUUUAUUACCACAUAAACUUUUAAGUGAUUAGUUAUUAAAAAAAAAACCGGCUUGAAAGCACUCAAAUAAAUAAUAAAAAAAAAUAUCGCUAAACUCUUACUUCAUAAAGGUGCAGCAAAAUGCGAAAUCUAUCGCCUACAUCACCCUGGCGCCAUCGCUCCAAUCGAAGUACAGCGCUGCUACACUCCGCCCUUCUCCUCCACGUUUACCUGCUGCUCCAGCUAAGCGUGCGCAAUGCGCACGGCCAAGCGCAAAAUCAACCGCCACACUUUGUGCCCGGCAGUGGUGAUAUGUCACGUUUCAGCCUGCUCGAGAACACGCCAGUCGGCAGUCCGAUCUAUCAGUUGCGCGGCAUCGACCCAGAGGGCAGCCGCCUGAAGUACAGCAUAUCUGGGCCAGUGUUCUCAGUUGACCGUGAAACUGGCGUUGUGCGACUGCGACAAGAACUUGAUCGCGAAACGCAAGACACAGUUGAGGUGAUCAUUAGCAUAACAGAUGAAGGCAUCUAUGGCACAGAACCGAAUACAAUUUCGCUGCGACGCGAAAUUCCAGUACGCGAUUACAAUGACAAUCAUCCGACCUUCAUUGGGCGUCCCUACUCGGCAAGUGUUAGCGAAUCGUUGGCGGUGGGCGGUGAAUUGGAAAUCAAGCCACGUAUUAUAGCGAUCGAUCGUGAUGAGGGCAUCAAUGCUGCGCUUACCAUCAGAUGUGUGCAGGAGAACGACAUCUGCGAUACGUUUGAUGUGCGUGCGGUGCGCAUUGCCGAUGGCAAUUACACUGCGCGCAUUACGCUAAAAAAGCCGCUCGAUUACGAAAGCCGUCCAUCGUACAUCAUGACAGUGGCUGCUUCCGAUGGCGCUCUGGAGAACCGAUUAACCUCGUUCGCUAGCGUAUCGAUCAACGUGAUCGAUGUGCAAGAUCAGCCGCCGAUCUUCACAAAUGCGCCAUACUCCGCAACGCUAGCGGAAAAUACAGCUGCCGGCGUGAGUGUUUUGACCAUUAAGGCAGUAGAUGGGGAUGUGGGCAUACCGCGUGAUAUUGCGCUGUCGCUUGACGAUGAGAUUUUCGAACAUUUUGAGUUGGAGCCUUUUGGCGCACCGAAAGAAGGCACAGCAGUGCUGAAAACGACAGAGGUGCCAUUGGAUCGUGAGAACCCGGAGAUAUUACAAAACGGUGGCGUGUAUGUGUUUACCGUGCGCGCUACUGAGCUAGUCAAUGGGCAGCCACAAGCAGAUUACUCAACCACGCGUGUCACAAUCGUGGUCACCGACGUCGACGAUCAUGUACCAGAAUUCAACGAAGACUUCUUUAACAUUUCGAUACCAGAGAAUUUGGGGCAGGGCAUGGCAUUGCCAGGUUUGUCGGUAUUUGUGGACGAUCGUGACAUGGGCGAGAAUAGCCGUUACGAGUUGGCGUUACGCGACGUAAAGAAUUCGAAAGGCAUUUUUGCGGUUACACCCACAGAGGCACAAGGACGCACGCCUGUGGUUGUGCGCAUACUCAAUUCCACAAAACUGGAUUACGACGUAGACGACGCAGAUUUGCGUCACUUCGAGUUCGAGCUGGUAGCCUCGGUUAGUGGUGCAGAAAAGUCGAAAGCAAGUGUACAAGUUAAUCUGCAAGACAUCAAUGACAAUGCACCCGUUUUCGAGCAGAACACUUAUCGCUUUGUAGUGCCGGAAAAUGCGGCAAUCAACGAAGAGUUCGGUGCAUUCAAAGCUACAGAUAAAGACGCAAAUGAAUUUGGUAGAAUUUCAUAUCUGCUCAAAGGCUUCGGCUCUGACUACUUCUAUGUGAACCGCGACACAGGCGGUUUUCAUGUGCAAAAGCCAUUGGAUUAUGAGAAGCAAAACAGUUAUAGCUUGACUAUUGUGGCCAAAGAUGGUGGCGGCCUCGAGUCGAAUGCCAUACUCUACGUAGAUGUCUUGGAUGUCAAUGACAAUUAUCCGGUGUUCGAGAGCGACGAGUAUACGCGUAUUAUACGCGAAGGUACCGCAAGCUUUGAACCACAAUUUUUCAUACGCGCACAUGAUUACGAUGGACAGACACAGGGUGGUGGGCGCGUUAAAUAUGCAAUUGUUUCGGAGAAUAGCAUUUCGGGAAAUGUAUUUCAGAUUGAUGAACGUACCGGUGAAAUCACCUUGCAUAAGGUGGCUAAAUCAAUGGACACCGAGCGUGGUGAAUAUGAGUUGGUAAUCUCAGCGACCGAUUUUGGCAUCCCACCGUUAACCAACACGACACGCGUCUUAAUACGCGUUGGCAUUAGCGGUAAUCAACGUCCAAUAUUCAAGGGCCACUUUCAGAAUGUCGAAAAUGUGCCGGUACUUGGUCCACCCAGUUAUCGUGUUUCAAUACCAGAAAAUGCUCCAGCAGGUUAUAAUAUUACCACUGUUUCCGCACAUGAUCCAGAUGGUCUCGAUGAACUACUUCGCUAUCGUAUUGUGGGCGCAAAUGAUAAUUUCGAAAUCGAUGAAAUCUCCGGUCUCAUCACAGUUUCACCUCACGCGCACAUCGAUCGCGAUGCCAACAUGGACAGUUUUGAGAUCACUGUGAAUGCUGUGGAUGCUGGCACGCCCAUACCAGAAACCGCCACCACCACGGUCUACGUAAAUGUCAAAGACAUAAACGACGAGAAGCCCAAGUUCGAGCAUCCCAGCUAUGCGGGCUAUGUCUCUGAACGCACCGAAGUGGGUGAGAGUGUACUCAAAGUGCGAGCCAUAGACAAGGAUCUCUACUCCAAACUGGAAUACAGCAUCACUGGUAUGGUGAAAGCGACUACAAAAGCUGGCGUCAGCAUAGCGAAUCGCAGCAGCUACAAACCGGAGGAAGCUUUCCGCAUCGAUAGUGGCAGCGGUGAAAUAUUUGUGAAUAGCACUUUGCGACACGAUGUUGCCGCUGUUAUCACAUUCACCGUGCAGGUGCGUGACCUCAAUGCCGAGGUGGAUCCUGAAGGACAGAUCGAUACAACUGAAAUAACAAUAUACGUGCAAUCGUUCAAAGACACAAAUCCGGUGUUUAAAAACAAAGGCUGGACCAGCUCGAAACCAGUGAUACAUAUAAUCGUGAAGGAGGAAAUGCCGAUCGAUAGCGCGCUCUUUAUACUACAAGCUGAGGAUCCAGUUACGCAGACGGCAAUCACAAGUUUCCAGCUUGUCGAGCCAGCUGAACUGGAAUAUUUUCAAAUCAACGAACACACAGGUGAAAUCAUACUCAAGAAGCGUUUGGACUAUGAAGCGCUCGAAGCGGGUAAAACUGAGUUCGAUUUUCAAGUGAAAGCCACUUCGGCUGACGGUCAACGUACAACUAUUACCAGGGUUAAUAUCACCGUAGAGAACGUAAACGACAAUAGUCCCACUUUCGAAGCUCCCGCAUAUAAAGCCACGAUCAUAGAAAAUAGAAUGCAUCCGGAGAAAGUCGCACACGUCAAGGCACACGACAAAGAUGCAGCGCUCACUGAGCGCGAUGAACGACUCGGCUAUCAUAAGAUCGUCUAUACGCUGCAAGGCGAGUAUGCAGAGCUCUUUGAGAUCAACAGCACCACCGGCGAAGUGGUGGUAGGGGCAAAUCAAACUGUCGAUCGUGAGCGCACGCCGCACAUACGCCUACAAGUGCGAGCCGAAGAUUCGCCUGGCCGACCGACAGACGCCAAACAAAGUACCGUUGAAUUGGCGAUAGACGUGCUGGAUGUCAACGACAAUGCGCCAGAGUUCACGCAGCACAACUAUACUGGGGUGAUACCAGAAAAUGCGCCCACUGACGCAUUUGUGCUGAAAGUAUACGCCAACGAUCCAGACGAUGGCCCCGGAGGCGAAGUGCGUUAUGAAUUGGUGGAAGAGGGUGAUGCAAAUGGUUUAUUCAAAAUCGAUGCUGUGAGUGGAGAGGUGAAGACCAAACGUGAGUUGACUGGUAAGGGACGAUCGCAGCCAUAUGAGUUGGUAAUAAGAGCACAAGACAAUGGUAAUCAAGUGCCAAAGCAGAUGUCAUUUUCCUCAGAUGUGUCAGUCAUUGUCUAUAUAGGCGAUGUGAGCGCAAAUGAUGGCAUACCAUACUUUGUGGCGCCAAAGGUGGGACAAAUGGCCAAUGUAACGGAGAACUCACCGAUCAGAACGCCCGUAUUUCAAGUUGUAGCCAGCGAUCCCGACAAUCCAAAUACACCUUCGGGCAUGCUUUCCUAUAAAAUUUUGCAGGACACGACAGACGCCGAGCUAUUUACGAUUGAUGAGAAAACAGGGCUUAUAACGACGCUGCAGUCUUUGGAUCGCGAGAUGAAAGAUAUGUAUACUAUAAUUUUGGAAGUGUCAGAUGAUGGACAGCCGCGACAGUCAGUCACGCGCAUACUACAAAUAACGGUGUUGGAUGUAGACGAUCACGCGCCACAUUUUGCGCGCGAAAUUGACUCGGCGCCGUUGGUCUUCAACUUACUGGAAGAGGAACCCGAGGGCACUAUUGUAGGCAAUCUAACCGCCAUCGAUGAAGAUUUGGGCGAAAACGCACUCAUCGAUUAUGCGAUAAUCGAAGGCAAUAACGAGAAUGUAUUCACUAUCGAACGCAACAGCGAGAAUUUGGCUAUAAUUAAGACCACGAAACCCAUCGAUAGGGAAUCCGUGGACUCAUACACUUUAACGCUGAAAUGCUUGAAGCAUGGCGAACCCAAUUUUGCCUAUCUGGGUGACGAAUACGAACAUAACGAUCUCUCGCUCAUGCAAGUAACGAUCAAGCUGAUCGACAUAGACGAUAAUUUGCCACAAUUUCGACAUAAGGAUGCCUCAAUUGGUAUACGCAUAAAUGUGCCUAUCGACACCGUUAUAACAACGGUGCAAGCGAGCGAUCGCGAUGCCGAAGCGCCGCCUAUAAUUUACAGCAUUGACAAUGUGACCUUUGUGCCACAAUUCUACAAGCGCACGCGUAAAAUCGACUCUAGACCGCUGAAGAAUCUCUUUACACUCAAUAAUCGUACGGGCGAGCUGCGUACCGGCGGCUCUUUUGCCGACUAUGUUGAUGGGUAUUUCCAAAUGCGUAUACGCGCCAACAAUUCGGAGCGUGUGAAACGUCACACAUUCGAUAAUUUGAAGAUUUUCGUGAUACGCGAUAAAUCUUUGUUGAAAUUUGUUUUUGCACGUCCACCAGGCGAAAUACAAGGCAUCAUAAGACCAUUCCAAGAGAAGCUGCAGCAGAAAUUGAAGCCGCUCGGCUUGGAGCUGCACAUACUCGAUACGCAAGUGUUGACACGGGCCGACUACACGCUGGACUUUACAGCGACUAGCUCGUGCUUCCAGAUGUUCAAGAAUGGCGCGGCGAUAUCUUUGCAAGAAAUGCAAAAACUAAUGCAUUCCGAGCAAAUGAAGCAGGAAUUGUUCGAUGUGUAUGUGGAGUAUGGCGUGAGUGAGGUGGAAUUGUGUUCGGUGCGAAAAUUACCAGCGGCGGCGAGCUUGAUGACCUCAGCCGGCACUUGGCUGGUCAUAUUGGCGGCGUUCAUAGGGCUGGCAGCCAUUGUGGCGGCGUGUACCGCAUGCUGUCUGAAGAAGAAAUACAAAAAGCACUCCAAGCGCAGCUUGCAAGCAUCACGCGCACCCACCGAGCCCUAUACGGUGGGUAUGGGUGUGCCAACACUCUACUAUUCGGAACCCAUCUACGGUCAAUUGUCAUAGCAACCAAUUAUUUGGUCUAAUUUAGGAAAAUAUUGAUUACUAAAUUAGCGUAUAAAUACAAAACUCUUACGGAAUAGUUUUUAAAGACAUAUAGUUUAUACAUAGAUAUACAUAUGUAUGUAUAUUUUUACUUAUAAAGCAACUAAGUCUUUUAAGUCGCUAAAUAAUCAUAUGGUUAGUAACCAAGACUGCGCAUAUUAUUUAAUUAAUGAACUAAGUCGAAUGGUUAAAAUUAAUAAUAUGCCUGUGAUUCAAUAUUUGUGUAAUAUUACAUAUUUUAAAUUUAUGGCUCAUCUGCUAAAUAGUCUGUAUGAAUUAGUGUGGAAUUUGCCAUUUUUAAAUAAAAUUUUUGUAAAAAAAUAAAAAAAACGAUAUUCAAAAUGUAAAUAAGUACCAUUAGUUAAUUAAGUGAGGAAAUAAAAGUUUAG